GCGCCAAGUUUGUCGGAAAUUAUCCCCGUCACUACUAGUAGUGUCAUUUAGUGCUUUGUUAUGUGAGCAAGGUUUUCCAUGCCUCCAGUGUGAUUUCCUGUUCUCCUGAUAUUGGUCGAUAAUCUCCGAAUACUCCGUGAUUACAUUCAUGAAAAAGGCGACGUCAAGGGGAUUAGAAAUAUCAGAACAGCAUUGAACAGACCAGUUGACAGUUGACACCUGUUACUAUGGAUGUAGAUGUUAAUGUAGCAGCUAUUGUCAAUGAAGUUAAAGGUUCAUUGGGUGGGCAAAGUUCAGAAGAUGAAGGCAUAUUUGUGUCCCAAAAGUUAGAGGGACUGAUUGAACAACCUGGAAUUGCAUCAGUGUCUGUAGAUGUACAGCAUCUUCAAAAUGAGGGAAAUAUUGAAUCAAACAAGAUUUCCCUCUCGGGUGUUUCACCUGAAGUUGAUCACUCUGAUGACAGUGAGGAUGAUGUAAAUAGUAGAGUCAUUGCUGCAAGAAGGAAGACUGUUGCCAUCUUAUCAGAUGAUGAAGAGAAUGAUGAAGGUGAUGGAUUGACAGUAAAUUCAACGAGACAGUCAGUGAUGGUUUUUAGCGAUGAAGAAGGAGAUAGUCAUAUCUUCAAAAAGCGAAUAUAUCAGAAGCCACCAGUUGAUAGUGAAGAUGAUAAUUCAGAUCAUGGCACUCAAAAGAGUUCACCAUCUAAGGGUACUGGGAGUCCCCUACCAGCUAAGCCUGUUUAUCAGUAUAAUUCAGACCUUUAUGAUGCAGAGAUGUCUGAUGAAGAAGAGCACAAACCUGAGAGCUUAGAACAUUUGGACAAUGAAGAGGUGUCUGAUAAUAAAAAUAAAAAUAAAAAGGCACAGCGUCAAGCUUACAAAGACAGGAAAAAUAAUGCUAGGACCAUCCGCAGUGAAUCUCAGCGUAUGGUUCGUGAAUCUAAUUAUACAUUACCUUACCAUAAACCAAAACAAAGAAGUCUUAGUGAAUUUAUGAACAGGAGAAAAAAGGCAACCCCUCCUAUAUCAACGUCUCAGCGCAGCAUUAAAAUGAGCAUGAAGAAUCUUGAAACAUUAUGCCUCCUAGAGCAAAAGAAAAAGGAAGUCGAGGACUUCUAUAAGAGUGACUCAGAUCAUGAAGAUCCUGAUGAUGAAGACUGGACACCGGGUGAUGAAGGGCCUCCGGAUAAGCCUAGACUGUCAGAAGAGAUUUCUUCUGAGAACAAAAUAAAAGCAUUUCCUCCAACUGAGUCCAAAGAAGACCAAUUAGAAGAGGAUAACUGUAAGGCACAAAAAAUAGAUGAAGGCAGUUCUUUGAAAUUAACAUUUAAGGUUUCUGAGGAUGAAGAUCUUCCAGAUCUAAUAAUUCAGCGUGUUGCACGUUGUGAUGUGGAAAAGGAUCAGGAUCAACAGAUGGGCUCUUCAGAUGAACAAAAUGUCAGUGAUGAAACUAAUGCUGUAACCACUGACAGUGCAGACCCUAACAAGAUAAAUGAUUCUGGUAUUCUUACUCAAGUUUCUUCUCAGGAAGAAUAUCUGUGUGAUGAAGUGGCUUUAGAUGCAUCGAAUACAAAAGAGAGAAUAGAUUGUAACAGAAUGAAUGAGAUGCAGAAAGAUAACAAGGAAGAGGGGGAGAAGUCAAAUGAUGAUAAUGGGUCAUGUAAUACUGUUGAAUUGAGGGAAAAUGAUGAAGGUAAUUUAGUUACCACGAAGGCAUCAGUCACAGAUUCAGAAAUCCCGGUGCUUACUGAGAUGACCCAUAGAACUCCCAAGUUAAACAAAUUUUCAGGGAUAUUGCCAGAUUCUCUUUUGACUGAAAUUGCUAUGUCAACCCCAAAACUAAGUCUUUGUGAAGGUGAUUUUAUAGAUUUGAAUGAAGAUAAGACUAAUGCGACACCCAAAUCCAAAGCUGGAGUUCAUGAACUGAUGAAUCGUUUUGUUAAACAUACUAACACCAAGAAGGAGCCCAAAGAGAAACAGGAAGUUAAUCUCAGUAUUGUGAGCAAGGAAAAAGAUUGUGAAGGAAAUGAAAAACUUGUGGCUUCCAGUGUAGUGGUCAACUUGGCAGAAGAGGAGGAAAAAUUUGGCGACCCUGUACCUGGUGCUCGAAUGGUAUUACUUAAAAUGGCUUUGCAGUCAAAAAUUAUGGAAAAACGAGAGAAGGAACGGUUAAGGAAGGUGAAAGAGAAACAAUUUUUAGAUAAUGAGCAAGUGAUGCAGGAUUAUCAUGAUGAUGGAGCACUUCCUGAUGAAGAAGAAUUGACUGAUCAAAGUGAGACUGAAUAUGAAACAGAGUCAGAACCUGAAGAAAAUGAUAUAAUUAUCAAGGAUAAGAAAAAGAAGAAGAACGCUUAUCUUGAUGAUGAAGCUGAAGAGGAAGAUGACAUGGAUGUUGACGAGGCUGAGUAUGACGAUAACUGUGAUGAAAAGUAUUCUGCUCAAGAGAAUGAAGAUAGCAAUGAUACUGUUGCACUUCCAAACAUGGAAGAGGAGAGCACUGGUAGAGAUGAAAGUCAGGGUGAUGAACAGCUUAGGUUGCAGUGGGAUGAUACUCAAGAUAUUAAAUCAACUCCUCGUGUAACAGAAAUACCACGUGAUUCAAGUACCCUGUCAAAUGCUGAUUUGUUUACCACACCAUCAUUAAAAAAAGAUUUAGCUGCCAAUUCUAGCGUUCUUUCGAUUGCUGAUUUAUUUGCCACACAGUCUGUAAGAAAAGGUGAAAGUGGUGAUAAGGACUCUAUGGACUCUAGUUUUGAGUUGUUUGGAUCUGUUAUUCCUGCUCAUCAGCCUGGAGGUGGACUUAAACUUGGAUACAAUGAUCAGCAUAGUGAAACUGAUAAUGACCCAGGAUUUCUGACUCCCCUAACUAGGUCAAAGUCAAGCUUCUUUGACCCAGCUAAGGAGUGUGACCUGAGUUUGCCAAUAGAAAAUACUCAAGAUUUGUUUGACACUUCGUUGGCAGAUACUUCUGCUCAACCCUCACCAUGUCCAGUAAACCUACAUUUAACACCUUUAAAAGACUCCCAGUUUUCUGAGGAAUCUCAGAUAGAUAGUAACAAUGCUUCUGUAAAGUUGAAGCUAGACUUUACAGGUCUUGAAAAUUCUCAGGAAAGUGAUGAACUUGUGGGACUGUGCUCUGGAAAUUUUAGUGCAACAAGACCUGCCAGCAAGAUGAAUAUCAAUGAUUUAAUGGGUCUGUGUUCUGGUAGGUUCACUAGUCAGGUCAAUGAGAAGUCUGAGAAAGAGUUCAAGAUGCCAGCUGCAUUCUCUGCUUUAUCUGAGAAUCGAGAUAAGCCAAGUGAGGAGGAUGACGAACUGCUGGAGCUCUGUAGUGGUCAAUUUACUAAGCAGAAGCAAGACAAUUUAAGUUGUAUAGAAAAUGAAUUACCUUUGCUUAAGGAUCACAGUAGAGAUAACAGUGGGGUAACGGAAGCAGAGAACAAAGUGACAGCAGAGCCACAAAUGAUAAUUAUGUCUUCUGAUGAGGAAAAUAAUGAUAAGGAUAUGAGAAAUAAGAGAAAAAAGAAACGAAGAAGGAUAAUUGCAUUUUCAGUCUUCUUUUGCGAUGAUGAGGAUGCUCAGGAUGCUGUUGAGUAUGAUGACGAAGAAAAUGAAGUUGCAAGAACCACAUUCACAGGGGUUCAAAGACAAAUGAAAGGUGGUAUUCGAGCAGAUUUUUUGGAUCAGGAAGCUGAGUUGUCUGAUGAGGAUAUAGAAGUGUCAGAGGAUGAGGAGGAAAGAGGUGAAGAUCAACUUGAAUUAGAAGAAGGUGACCUAGAAGCCUAUGAUGAAAAUGAGCUGCGAGAUCAAGUUGGACGGGCCCAUUUGAAGACACUCUUAGAUUCUGAUAAGCGUGAGAUAAGACUUCUUCAAGAAAUGUAUCUAGAAGACGGUGAAUUACAUGGUGAAGGCCGUCAACGACAGUUUAGAUGGAAAAAUGUUGAUGUAGAUGAUGAUGAUGAUGGUAAAAGAUUCUUGUCUGACAAUGAAGGAGAAGAGGAGGAUGACACGGAAGAUGCUGCCUGGAGAAAAGAAAGAUUUGAACGUGAGAAGUUUCUGAAAGACCAGAAAGAGAAGGCUGACCAAACAGAAGUGAAUGUUUUUGAAAUUGGUAAAAAGACACUACUGCGAUCUUCCUCUCAUACAACAGAGGUCAAACAGGAGCCUCUAAAGGAAAGUACAAACUCUGUUCCAACCGUAGGGGCACCAGCAAAAAAUGGAUUUCAGGCUAAUCCGUAUUCCAUAUUGGCUAAGCGUGGAUCAUUCUUAUCCAGAGAUAAGAAUACUCUCGCUCGUAUUGCAGAAUUCACAAAAGGGAAAGUCAACGGUGUUGGUACAGCUAAGCAGUCAGGGAACUUUGUGUUCCAACACUUGUCAGCUGAAGAAAUAAAGGAAAAGGAAGGCAAAGUCAAAACAAUGAAUAGGUCUCAGAGCUUACCAGCCUCGAAACGAACUAAACAUGAUCGCAGUUUCUUUAGCAUGGAUCCCUCUAGUCAAUCUUCCAGUAUAUUCAGUCAUCUGUUGUAGUUCAUAUUCGACUAUUUUGUUUAGUAUAAUUCUGUACUGUGCCUAAAAUGUAGAAUAAGCAUUUGUGAGUAAUUUAAUUACUUUUGGGAAAAUUUGAGUUUUUCCUGAUAUUGUUUUAUCAACUCGAAGUAUUUUCUGUACAUUGGUUACUAGAGUGAACCUGCACUUAUAUUUUUAAUGUACUAAUUUCAGUUCUCCUUAGUCGUUCAUGCUAAAAUUAAAAUUGAAAUAUUUUUGGUAGGUGGUAUUUGCAUAUUUGUCAAUAUUACAGUAUACAGGUUGCAUUACAGAGUUCUUAGUGUUUUUGUACAUAAUGAAAUGUAGAUAUAUUUUAUUUUUACCUCUAGAAAGUAUUGUUGAAUCUUGUACUUUGAGGCUUUAAAUAGGGUGUGCUUUUGCAAAAUUUCAGCAUCGACUUCCUAGAAGCUGAGGAUUUCAGUGUACAGUGCAAUUAAGUAAUUAAGUUAUAAUACUUUCUGCUUUUCAGCUUAUAGCAGUUUAUGAUUUUCCCCCCAGAAGGCAUUCUUAUUCAAUUUUUGUGACCAAUGUUUGAUUAUUUAUUUUUUUUUUUUCUAAUAGCUCAAAAUAUACACCAGUCUUCUGGGCUAAGUUGUUAUAGUAUUCUUUAUAUUUUUAUUCAUUUUCUUUUCUUUUUUAAUACAUAUAAGCCAAAUUUUAAAUGCAAUUUCGUCUGUAGUGAACGUACAUAUGCACAAUUCAGUUGCAAGCGCCUCAGUGGCGUGGUCGGUGUGAUGUUUUUGUGCCACCUCAGGGGCCCGCAAGUUUGAUUCUUGGGCAUUCCAUUGAGGUGUGAGAGAUGUGUAUUUCUGGUGAUAGAAGUUUACUUUCAACGUGGUUUGGAAGUCACGUAAAGCCGUUGGUCCCGUUGCUAAAUAACCACGGGUUCCAUGCAACUGUAAAAACACCAUACAAACAACAACAAACAUUAAUUCAGUUCCAUGCCAUCUGUGAACUUGGGUUUUGUCUUGCCUACAUAUGAAAUAAGCAUUUUGGAUAUUUUUAUGGCACUCAGAGAUGAAAUAUUCUCAUUUACUGUUGCAUGUAAUGAAAAUGGUACAGUAAAUCAAGACAAGCAAAAAAAAUUUUUAACGUACUUAUAUAUAUAUGCACACAUUUGAAGUCAUCUUGAACUUCUUUGAUUUUUAGUUUUGUAUUUUUAUAUUUAAUGGUACAGUAAUUCAUAUUUCAUUAAAGGAUAUGUACAAUACUGAGAGAGAGAACUGAGGUAGUUUACAUUGGUAAACAAACAAAGCUAUGGGAAAUACCGUGUGUGUACUGUAAUUUUGAGGGAUUUUAUUUGCAUUUAACAUAAAGUAUGUUGGUUUACCUUUGUACGUAUCCCCAUUUUACAUUUAUGUUCAGAAAUAAUGAUGAUAAUUCCAUUAAUGCAUUUAUUUAUUUUACCAACUGAAAAAAUUAUUUUCCUAAUUCUUUUGGUAGUAGGCUGAAUCAGCUGAUUCUGAGAAAUCACUUCAUUGCCACGGGCAGGACAAUAUUUUUUUUUAUACAUAUUUACUUUCAAGACAGACAGUUGGGCAGAAUGACAUUGGUUGCAACGACUGAUUUUCAGCUCACUGGAUGAAGUUGUACUCUUGGAAAUCAGAAGAAUGUGAUUUGGGAUGGUGUUAAAAUUGUGGAACCCUGGUUUCACAUAAAGCAGAUGUUAUAACCUCCACUUUAUAAAUAACAAAGUUAGUCCAUUUUGUGUUUGCAUUUUAAAAAAGCAGUUUUUGUAGUGGCUGAGAAAUAUGUCAUUAAGUUUAUUAAUUGUUCUGUUUUUACUUCGUAGUGCAGUGUAUUUGCUUGUCAUAUGUUAAGUUGCAGUCAUUUAAUUGUUCGUUUACAGUAUAGGCAUAAAUGUGAUUCUUCAUUGCAAAAUUGUCUACACUUCAUUUUAAGAUAGUGAUGUAAUUAUCUGCUUGUGGUUUAUAUUUUGAGUUGCACAGAAUCUGCUUAUGUUUUGGUCACUUUUAUAUAGUCACAUAGCCUGAUUCUGACUAAUGCACAGGGUAAAAAAAUAAUUAUGGUAAGAAGUUGGGCACUGCUUUUUGGAAUAGCAAACAUGAAAAUAAGGAAUACUAUAAGCACUAUACAGGUAGACACUUCAUGUACCUCACAGUAAUGUUUUUGAUUAUGAUGUACAAUCAUUUCAUUUUUGCUUAUGCCUUAAUGCCCGGUAAGAAAAGCUGGUGGUGGAACCGGCUCUAUAAGCAAGUCCUUCUUACCACUUGUUUAUAUCACACCUGACAAACUCUUUCUUACAAGUUCUGUAUGCUGUAAGAUUCCUCCUGGGCAAUCUUCCUGAGGAGGAUGUGCCACUAGAACCUCAAAAGUUCAAGCAAAAAUGCAGUGAAUUCCUACCUUAAAGCAAUUCUCCUUGUAUUUUAAUAAUCUAUAUACAUUCUUCUCUCUGUGUUUAUCACCAUUUUUGUUACAUCUUUCAAAUAAAUAACAUAUUCAUUGGAAGCUUGAACUUCAAGUCAGUGGCCCCUUUGGCCUUGUUCCAAAUGAAUAGUGUCCACCUGAAUAUUUAAUAAUGAGAAUAGUAGAUCUGAAGAAGCAUUUCAGUUGUGAGGUUGAAUUGACCUAUAUCAAAAGCAAUUUCCCUCAGAUAUCAGGCUAAGCCUUCUACCAUGCCAACCACAUAUGGUCAGAUGAAAUGGAAGUCAAGCUAGAAGUGCAUGGCAUCCUGCUUUUAGUCACUACUCUGUUGUUUCCCUUCUCCAUAUCAUGUGACUGGCUUCUGGGUUUUGUUCUUACACCCACUCUCGUCGUCCUCUGUAUCAGUAACACAUACACCAUCCUGUUUACCUCACUUUCUGAUGAUGAUUUAGUCCUGCUUGUUUUGUCCGAGAUGACUUCACAACCUUCUUGCAGUUUGCACUCUGCUUGAUUGAGUUUUCUUCAUUUGCUGCUUUAGUCUUUAGAACAUAACUAAGUGGAGAUCCCAGUCUGCACUUUCAAAAGAUGAGAGUCUUCAAGAUACAUUUUUUCUACUCUUUACCUCAUCUCAUCCAUUUCCUGAUUCGUUGAUUAAUGCAUUCAUGUAUUGAUUCUAUUAAAAGCCAUGUAAUGUAUCCUUUUUCAUAGAUCUGUAUUUUGGAGGUUCAGAACAUUGGUGACAUAUGUCCAAGAUCAAAUGCUUCACUGAUAUUGCCAUGUUUGAGGCUGUGUUGAACUCUGUUCAGUUGACAUUGCGACCAGAACCAUGCAAUUCUUGUGGGAGUUAGCCCAGAUUCCUUUAAAGAAGUCCUCUCAUCUUGAAACAAGUAUUGCGCAAGCAACCAACACUCCAACAAGAAAGAGGAAAAAAAGGAAGAUGAUACAACAGAGAAAGAUUUCGUCCUACAUUGCCUGGUGGCUAGGAAGGUUACCUUGUUGCCCCCAUAUCUUCAUCUAGACCCCAACAAGGAUUUUCACCAAAAUUGAAGGAGAACCUUACUCUCCACUAUAUCUUCAUCUAGACCACAAGGGUUUUCACCAAAAUUGAAGGAGAACCUUACUCUCCACUAUAUCUUCAUCUAGACCACAACAAGGGUUUUGACCAAAAUUGAAAGAGGACGUGACUGCAGGACUUGUUUCCCUUGAUAUAUAGUUGGAGAUGCACUGAGAAGAAUGCCCUUUCAUUGCAUGCCUUCUAUCAGCAUACAAUUGAUGGUUCUACAUAGUUCCCACCAGGGCAGGGAGGUAUUCAGUUUUAUACACAGUAGUAGCAAACAUGAAAAUCAAGUAUGGGUUGCAGAGGUUCUGAAGCCAAACUUUUGUUCUUAGAAAUAUACAUGCAAUUAGUAUCCUCCCCCUAAUUGAGCUUAUGUUCUGGGAAUAUAUUUACCAUCAUCAGAUCUGUAGUUGUGUGAUUAUCAUUCCUGCAGUUUAUUGAAGAGGGCCAUCAGUAGAUAAAAUUAGGGACCUCCCACUGGCAGGUAGAGAGGACCCAUCAAUAACCAUAACCUUUCAUUGAUGAAAUAACCACUUGGUUUCUGCUCUUUACUGUGUUUAGGCAUAAGUGAAAAUGAAAAGACUUUUUCCUUGAAAUAAUAAGAUUAAUUUACAACGUAAAUUUUCAUUUUUAGAAGUUAUGUAAACCUGCAAUUUGUAAAUGUCUAUUAAAUUGUAAUGGUAAAAUUGGUGUAGAUAUGUGAUGUCUGAACAUUUAUGUGUAUUUAUUGUGAAUUAGAUUUUAAAAAUGUAUUUAUUGUAAAUUAGAUUUUAAAAAUGCUAUUAUGGCUGAGUGGUGCUCCUUAGUCUGGAUUACAGUAAUGAUAAUGUCUGUAUUGUAGAUGAGAAAAUUUGCUGUAUUAUUUUGUUGACUUUUGAUGUAAAUGACGUCACAUUCGAAACCUAAAAGAAGUGUAAGGCAAGAUAAGAAAAGUGUCAGUACAAAAAAAAAAAUUUUGAACAACUCCACAAGUUUUAGAUGUAAAUGGUUUGAAUUAAAAAAAAAUAAUUUGUCAGUGAUAUUGAACUGGAGGUUGUACAAAAAAAAAAAACUGGACCUUCUCUUGAGAUUUCAGAAUUUUGAGCCAUCAAUGUGUACAGUACAGUUUAGGAGCUCUAUGGAAUUGCUGUUGGCUUUUAGAUAUCUAGAAGGUAUUUAAGUGAUGGGUUAUACUAUAGGGUUUUUGUUGCUUAAAUGACUUUAUUACUGAUCAGCAAAACUUAACUGACUUCAUUACUGAUCAGCAAGUUAGACCCCCAAAAUGUCUGAUAGGUUGAGGUGCUCCUUAUGUGACAAAAGAUAUUUGAUUAUUAUUGUAUAUUAUGAUUUUCUCUCUCUCUCUCUCUCUCUCUCUCUCU